AUGAGUGCCAGAACUAAAAGAAUACUACAAUUGGUGAAACAUAUUACCGAGAAUGAAAGAAAUGAUAAUUUAACGCAAGAUCAAAAAGCUGAACAGGAACUACCUCAUAAAAAGCAUUUAGAAAGAAAGGAAGAUGCUAGAAAGUGUAGAGAUAAUGACAAGCAUGUAGCACAGGAAAACUCUGAUGUUUUAGAUUUUAAUUUUGAUUUGCAGUCAGUAGUUAGUACCCCCAAAGGUCCAGCAGUCGUAUUCAAUUUCAAAAAUGAAAUUAAAUGUUCCAUGGCGAACCCUCCUUUUUGUAACAAAAAUUCAAAAGAAACAAGGGACAGCACCAAAAAAAAAGAGCAGCCAGAAAAGACUUACCAAAAUAGUUUAUCCAUUACGAAUGCAAAAUAUGCAGAUUUGGCGAAAAUGUGCAAAGACGGCACUAUUCCUGCUAUUCACCAUCAUUUUUAUAGAGGUCUAAAGCCGAACGCAAACAAAAAAGAGAGGUUACCGGAACCCAACUUUGAUGAAGAGUGA